AUGACUGCAGAGAGCCCUUCCAAGGAAGAUGGCUUGGCCCAUCGCGAGAAGCCCGACACCACCAAGGCUUCUCCUGCGCUGCGAACCGGAACUCCUCGUGGGAACACUCCUCGGGGCGCAACCCCACGAACUUCAUCCCGAGUUGGCACACCCAAGGCUGGCACUCCGCGCGGGACCCCCAAAGUCAGCACCCCUAAGACAGAAACCCCCGCGAAGAAAUCUGCAGCCGUCGUCUCCGAUUACCCUGCCGAACCCGCCGAUAAGAACCCUGAGCAGAACGGCGACAAGCUCAAUGGCGACGAAGUUAACGGUGUCGAGGUCAACGGCGAUGCGCCAAAACCCGCCAAUCCCGGUUUUAAGGAAGAUGUGGCCAUUGACGAGUUCAUUGAGCAUCGUGUCGACCCCGACAACUCGACCGUCGACAUCAAAGUCAAAUGGGAAGGUGGCGAAACCACCUGGGAGUCAGAAUGGAGUCUGCAAGAGCAGGUCCCCACGCUCGUUUACAAGUACUGGGAGAAGAAAGGAGGCCGAGAGGAGGCGACCCAGCUGGACAUCUACCACGUCUUCAAGAUCCUCAAGUGCAUCCCCGCCGCUGGCAGAAAGAAGACCAGCUACCAAGUCCAGUGGGUCGGCUACAAGCAAAACGACUCUACCUGGGAGAACGAGGAGAAGCUGCGAUUGAUCGCACCGGGUGAGCUGGAGAAGUUCGAGGCUAAGCAGUUGGCUAGCGGCGCUUCUGCCGAGAAGCGCAAGACUGCACGUGGACCUGGACGACCUCGCAAGAAGCCGCGAUACGACGACUGA